AUGGAAACACUUUUCGUACCUCGUGACGACUUGUGCAACCCCAUGGGGACAGGCGAUCCCAAGUGUACGCCAGACGACCUGCUGACGCGUGGUGGAAUCAAUCUCGGCUCAAUGGGGGCAGGCUACUCGCAUCUGUACUUCGCUUCGGUUGUGGAUACCUUAUACUUCGAGCAGUUGGAAGCGGUCCAGUUACAAGCGCGAAGCGAACACGCCCUGCUGUGGCACGUCUGCAACAUCCAGCGACUGCACCGAUGCGUUAAACCGAUCCACAAUCUUCACAAAGCACUAACAGGGCGCACGGUGGAAUCUAGUGUGACACACGACGCUAGCGAAUUCCGUCUAGACCACACAAUCUGGCGGAAAGGCGUGUACGAGGAACUCGGGACUCCUGAUAUGCGACUCCAGCAGCAACGCACAAUGUUAACCAAUGACUGUGGGGGAUUACGCCGUUUGGUUCUCGAACUGGCGUGGCCCGAAAUGCCGAAGAACAACUCUCCCUCUGGGACUCAUGCAAGCGUGACAUGGAGGCAUCUGGAAGAGCCGUCGAAAGUGCUGGCACCUCCACUUGUUUUCGUUCAACACCAACUAACGACAACCCCCGGAAGUGAGUUAAGAUCUCAGCGUGUAACCUUGGAAAAAGACACACGAAUUUGA